CACGACCUCACAUCUGUUUUUGUACCGCUUCCCUUUUUCCUGUGCACAGUAUUAUUCCAGUCACGAGACUUGUGUUUUUUGUUUGUUUGUUUUUUCCAGCAUGAGUUCAUUCGACUUGAAAAAGUAUUAAUUUAUCCACUCAAAUACUUUCUAUCGAAUGCAGGCAUGAGUUGCUUUCAUCCUAUCCCGCUGCUCUGGUUCAUCUUAUUUAGUAACCUUCCAGGCGUCACCAUGGCGCCAUCGUCCAUUUCCCAUUUGCCCUUUUCGAGUGUGUGGAACGCCCCCUCGGCCGCCUGCCUCUCCCAGUAUGGCGUGGAUCUCGACCUCGGCACGUUCAGUAUCGACCAGAACCAAAACCAGACUUUCAUGGGUGACGACAUAACCAUCUUCUACACAGACAAGCUGGGUGUGUACCCGUACUAUAGCCAAGGCAAGGCCGUAAACGGCGGUGUGCCGCAGAACGCCAGCCUCGAUGAGCACCUGAGGGCAGCGAGAAAUGACAUCCACAAGUACAUCCCUGAUGGGGAUUUCCAGGGCUUGGCUGUGGUAGACUGGGAAAGCUGGAGGCCAGUGUGGGAGAGGAACUGGGACACCAAGCAGGUGUACUGGGAAGGAUCACGAGCACUGGUCCGGUCCAGGCAUCCAGACUGGAAACCUGCGCAGGUGGACGCUUUAGCCCAUGUUGAGUUUGAGGCGGCGGGCAGAAAGUUCAUGGAGGAGACGCUGAAAAUGGGUCAGAAAGAGCGGCCUGGUGGACUGUGGGGCUUCUAUGGAUUCCCCAACUGCUACAACUACUACAAAAGCAGCAACUACACAGGCCAGUGUCCCACAGUGGAGUCCAAGAGGAAUGACAAGCUGACGUGGCUGUGGAACGUCUCGUCUGCGCUCUAUCCCGACAUCUAUCUCAGCCAGGAGCUGCGAAGCCUCGACCAGGAGGUGUCGCUCUAUGCUCGUCACCGCAUCCUGGAGGCCUUCAGAGUGGCGGCGCCACCUCGGCCCAUUAUUCCCUACGCCACCAUUGUCUACACCUACUCGUUCCAAUUUCUCUCCCAGGAGCAUCUGGUCUACACUGUCGGAGAGAGCGCUGCCUUGGGAUCUGCAGGGGUUGUGCUCUGGGGUGACCAUGUUUUCUCCAAAUCUAAGGCCUCAUGCGACGCCGUUAAGUGGUACAUAGACGAGACCCUGGGUCCAUAUUUGGUCAACGUGACGUCGGCGGCCGUCCUCUGCAGUCGUGCCCGGUGCUCAUCCAGGGGCAGGUGCGCCAGGCGGGACGCCGAGUCGCAAGUCUACCUCCAUCUCCACCCCUCUCACUGGAAGUUGACUUCUGAGAGGAGGAUGCAGGGCGGGCGCCACUACACGGUCCAAGGACGGCUCAGCACGCAGGAGGAAAUGUUGAUGAUGUCCCGCUUUGAGUGCAAGUGCUACCCGGGAUGGGUGGGCGACAAAUGCGCCACGCCUCGGCAUAGAUAAACGCCUAUCCAGUAAGUGAUUAUGACAUUUAUGGAACAAGUUUGCCAGCAUUUCAGUACAUAUGUACUCUCUUACUGCACUUCUCUAAUGUUUUUUUUUUCUUUUAAUGGUUUCUACCAGAUUACACCAUUUGUCAAUUUGUGGAGCUAUUUCGUGUCACAUUCUUAGUUUCUUUCAGUGGUGUGUAUUAGCUUACUGCACUCUAAUGGUGAAAAUGAAAAAAAAAUGUCAAAAGUGGAGGUACCCUUUUCUGAAAAUGGAGGAAAGACAAUAUAAGCAUUAAACUCGUGGAGGCUGCACUUAAUGUGCAUCA